UUUGUACCUAGAUUGCCACAAUCUCAGAAAUCUCUCUCCUCAGGCACCCUCCAUGCAUUCGUGAUCGAUGAAAGUUUGUGAAUCGAGCACCAUGUUGACGCUAACAUAGGUAGCUCCAAAUUAUUAUUAUUAACAGAACCAUACAAUAUUAUUGCAGAUUAAAGAAAUGGAGGUGCAGCGGAUGAGGGAGUUAUUGAAACUUUGGUCAACGUUGCAAAUUAACCGCGUUGCCCUAGUGGGUGGAAACCACACCGCCGCCAGAUUUUGCACUCGUUAAGUCCCCGUUUGCCUCUUCCCCUCUCUUUGUCCCUCCCACAAUAUCUUUUUUCUUCUUCUACCUACACAGAAACCAAACAAGUCAUUACUUAUAAUAUAAUCCACAAUCACAAAACAAAUUUCUUUCUAUUCUCUUUCUAAUUAUCCAACAUGAUGAAAACACGUUAUCGCUUGCCGCUUUUGGCAUUCUUCGCAUUCGCUUCCUUCAUAUUCAUAACGAGAUCAUCCCUGCUUGAAAAAAUCUCUUCCACCAUGCCUGAAUAUUCCUUCAACACCGACCAGGUUCUGUCAAUUCUAUUUCGCGAAUUGACCAACAACCAAGAGAAAAUGGUUUUCCUCGGCAACAACGAGCCGAACCUGGUGGUGGCUGCGCCGAGGAAGCUAUGCGGUUACAUGCCGGAGGCGAAGAAAGUGGCGUUGCAGAAGCUCGAGGACGUGCUACUGGAGCCGCCAAGAGCGUCUUCAGGGAAGUCACGAAAGUACUUAAAACGCACGCGGUUCUUGCCGGAUUUGAUGAAUGAUUCUCUGGAGAAAUACCCUCGCCGCGUUUUCAUCGACGUGGGGGUGCCGGAGAAGGACGGUGGGAGUGGAAUGGAGUGGUUUUCGAAGAAUUACCCGACGAGGAACCAGAAGUUUGAGAUGUAUAACAUAGAGACGGUGGCGGAGGAGUCGUCAUCGUCGUCGUUGUCGCCGGGGAAGGAGCAAAUAGAGAUGUCGGAUUGGGUUCGGAAGAACGUGAAGGAGGAGGAGUACGUGGUGAUGAAAGCCGAGGCGGAAGUGGUAGAGGAGAUGAUGAAGAGCAAAUCCAUUGGGCUGGUGGACGAGCUUUUCUUGGAGUGUAAGCCAAAACGCGAGAACAGAAGCUCAGGGAAUUCCAGCCGAAGGGCCUAUUGGGAGUGCUUGGCUUUGUAUGGCAAGUUAAGGGACGAGGGUGUUGCAGUGCACCAGUGGUGGGGUUAGAAUAUUCAAAGACAACGUAACACAAAUACAACCAUUGUGUUUCUGUUGUGUGUUGAGGUGAAUUGGUUGUGGUGAUACUCAUAGAGAGAAAUUACUACUAUUAGUUAAGUACUGCAUGUGCAUGUGUGCAUGUAGAUGGAGAUAAAAGACUCAAAAGAGACGAAGAGACUGGUGAGAGCUGAGGAGUUACAACAUUAUUUUUCAUUUUGCGUGGUUCUUUUUUUCUAUUUCUUUCUUUUUCUGGUCUCUGAUUAACAAUUUGUUUAUUUUUAUGUUUAUGUGUAUUGUAUUCUGUUGUGGAAAGGAAAAUAAUGAGGGAAACGAGCAUCAGAGGCUACAAAGUGUAUUGAACGAGGGUUAAUUGGAGGAUCAUAUAUGAGUAACUUUAUAUUUUAUAUACAUAUAUAAAAAAAGGUUUAAUGGGUGGUUUCCUUCUA